GGCACUUGCGCUCUAAACUCGAGUGCUCUCAUCAUCGUCCUCGUGGUGGGUGUCAUACUGUCUCUCACCAACACCGCGGUCAGUCUGUUGGUCAGCCGAGUCGGCCGCCGAAACUUGGCCAUGGCGAUCACAGCGGUGUGCGGCACUAGCGGCGUUCUGGUGAACCUGGUGCCGUACUCUGCCGCCAGCGCGGCUCUGUUCGUGCUGCAGCUCAUGGGAAUCGUCGUGUUUGGGCUCUACACUGCUAUGUGCGUCGCGUUUUUCCCUACGUACAUGAGGGCACUGGCAGUAACGUUGACAAUGACUGGAAGUAGAAUCGCCAACUUCAUCUCCAUUCAGUUGAUUAACUACCUCCUCACCAACAACUGCGAGAUCGCCUUUUAUGUAUACGGGUCUGCAUUGGCUUUUUCAGCAGUGAUAGCAUCAUUUCUCCCUAACGACCGCCGUACCAGAACAACACAGCACGAAAUAUUGGAGGAAGAAGUGGCAGAUGGAAGCAUCGAUAGUUUUUAAUUAAUAAAUUAAAUUAAAUAAAAAUAAAU